UUCAUAUGUUUCUUCUUUCUGCCAAUUACACUGAACGUAGUAGUUCUGCAUAUAUAUUAUUACUAAACCUCUGUUUUAGAUAAAAUGACUAUUUCUAUGCUUAAGAUACAAAUAAUGAUUCUCAUCUGUUCUGCAUGCGUGUGGGGGUGGGACUUGCUGCUCUAUAUGAGAUCAAAGGGACCCUACAUUUUUCUAAAAACUCUCCUUUCUGAAUUGAAAUAAUUGAUCUUUUUGUCCGGAAAGGUUUUCACAAUGGACCCAUUAAUUAGCCAUCUAAACCCACAGCAAAUAAGUUUUCUAUGCCCACUUCAAGCCUACUCUUUAAGAUGUGCAUUUUCUCAUUCAUUGUUGCUCUUCCUAAAGUCUGCAUUUUCUGAAUUCUGUAUUCUGGAAAAUGGCGGAAUCCAUAGCUCAUUUUCUCUGCAUUUUUAGGAACUCAUGGCCAAAAUUGCGGGUACAUAUGAAUGCUCACAUUUGACACUGUAAUAUUUUUGUGAGAGGGUUCAUUUCUAAACCAAUGCAUGUAUUAGAUUGUACCCUGUUUAUACACUAUAUUCCAGUUAAUUGAAAUAUCAAAUUGUCCUUAUGAAUAAAGUUCUUCUUGCUUAAAUAGACUUGCAAGCAUUUCCUCUAGUCAAAUCUUAAAACAAAAUUAUUUAGCAACUAAAUUAAAGCCGUUGACGGCGUUAAUACUUUUGAACACUUUCAAUCAUUCCCUCUGGUAAAUAUCCGAAAAAGUAACAAGUUAACUAUAGUUUUCGAGUAUAUAGCAACUCUAUUAUGGUAUUCAAUAUGUUUAUAUGUGUAUCUAUGGUCUUGUUGUGAAUGCAAACAAAGUCUCAUAUUAGAAGUUUAGGCAAAUAAUGUUUAGUAUAUAAAAGGAUGUCCACCAACUCUGAUUAGUACGAGAUCUUUUGGUAAAGGGCCCAAUAGCAAAGCCAUGCGGUCUUACCUCUUAAGUCCAAAGUGGACAAUAUCGUACUAAUUGGCCUAGGCAGGAUUGGAUAUGGGCUCGAAAAAUCCCAACAGAUCUGAGUUUUGCAACAUGAUAAUUUGUUAGAUUUGUUUCCUUUGGUUAGGAUUAGGUAUGAUCAUUUAUAUGUGGUUCUGAUGCUUUGAAGAUAUGUAACAGACGCUGAUGAAACAAUUAUUUUGAUUCCGUGGUGACGGAUUUUGCUUCUGCAACAAAUUCUUGAUUUUGCGUUGGUAGCCUUAGCAACAAGAAGCAAACAAAAAAUGGUCGAGACGCGAGCUCAGCAUCGCAGGCGAGUGGCAUCAUUGACAUGGAAUAAGGUAGAAUCCAACCAGGAUGUAUUUCAAGACGUCUUAUCUCGACUCCCAGUAAGGUCUAUCCGUUCAUUUAAAACGGUUAACAGAUACUGGCAUGCCUCAGUUAGCAACAAACAUUUUGCUACGAUACAUCUCGCUCAAUCGAGAAAGAAGCCCUCAUACAUAGCUUGUCCUAGAGUAGACAAGGCUAUGAAGUUGUACUUGUUGAAGCCAGGGAAGUUCAACUAUCGACACCAUGCUACAGUUGAUCCUCCGGGAAGAAGCGCUGAUCACCACAUGCACAUGAUAGCAUCGUUCAAUGGAUUAGUAUGCUGCAUCAACCAACUCUAUGAUGAACAUGAAGUAGAUUAUCAGAUAUGGAUCUGCAAUCCUUCUACUGAAGAAACUCUGCUUCUUCCUCAAGGCAGACCAUCUGUUUGGACUGAACCAAGUAUUGGAGUUGCAUAUGGUCCUGACAUUAGCGAGUACAAAAUUUUCCGCAUAUUCUGUGUCGGCAAGAGAAACGCUGGAAAAGGGGAUUAUCUCUACGAAUGUGAGGUGUAUUCAUCUAGCACUGGUGCGUGGAGGAGCAUCGGCCCUGUGCUUCAUCUUCCAAUGUAUGUUUGUUUCAGUCCACACAGAUCCGAUCAUGUCUUUGCAGGAGGGAAGAUCUACUGGCUGGUUUCUCUGGAAGAUCCUGCAGGUAUAAUGCUCUCUGUGGAUAUGGAGGAGAACUUCGAAGUUAUGGAGCUGCCUUACUAUUCAACAGACCUGCGUGACGAAGACAGGAUAACAGUUGCUACGUAUCUGAUAAACCUGGGAGGAUCUCCGUCACUGGUAGUUCUACAUGCGGAUUACUUUGACGUAUGGGAGUGGAAAGAAGCUAGUUGGGUAUUUGUAAUCGCAGAUGAGUUUGAUUUCAUGGACUUUGCUGAAAUUGUAUUAUUCAUGACCUCGUCAGAGAAGGAGAUCCUGUUUGUGACUGACUCGCACUUGUGGACUUAUCAUUUGGAUACUAGAAAGUGGAAAAAAAGGGGCAGGCCUCCUACUCGAUUUACGAAUCCUGCUAUCUUCCCCUUCACCCAAAGCCUUCUUCCAUGCAAUGGUGGGGUGAGGCUAGCAGGAAAGUGAAGAUGAGUAUUUAUUAUCUCUGGCUUGCUGGUGGUGAUGGACAAAGUCUUUGCUUGGUGGUGCUUGAUUUAUGUUGCAAGAGGCUGUGUGUUUCUCACUGGAUACUCUGUUUUUAUUUUUCUGUUCUAAAACUUUCCAUUUCGUUUAAGGUUUCUGGUUUGCAUCUUUUGGUUUUGGUUCUGAACUUUGUGUGUUUUCCGUUUGUUUUUGGUGUAAAGCCAUUAUGACUUGGUGUAAAGCCUUUAUGACUUUAUCAAUAGUAAUAAGCUUUGUCU